AUAGCUGGGUAUGUGCUGCCACCCCAUUCACUCACUGAAGGGAUAUUGGACUCCUGUUCUCUAGAAGACUUACGACCACCAGGACCCUGACUGAUCAUCCUUGGUCCAGCUGAUACUAAGGCCAAAUGUCCACUUACUUUAUUAACACUGGCAUAAUGCAGCAUUAAUAGAUAGAAAAUUCCCCCUGUAAAGGCUAGGACCACUCUGUGUUAUAAAUCCCCUGUCCUCUACACGUUGCUUUCAUAGGCUUUCCAACCAUGAAUCUCAACUCGGAACAGAUUCUGCCAGAGGAUUUUUAUCUGGCUGAAGAAGGUUCUUUGUUGGAAGAAAUGGCUGAAGAAGAUGAAGAAAUAGAUUUGUACAACGAGGAGACUUUUGGAUUAGAUCAUGAAUCUGAAGAAGAAACUCCUAAAGAAGAAAUAGAGAAGGCUUCAGACCAAAAACCUGAGAUGGUAAAAAAUGUUGACCAUGACGUAAACAGUAAUGAGAUUAAGCCUGAGGAUGUACUAGAUCUACAUGGGAACACACAAGACGUGAAAGUUGUGGUGGGUUCCUUGAAAGAACUCAACUUAUCUGUGGAAAGGGAGGGUCCUACUGAGAGUUCAAGGACUGCGAAUACGAACUUUGGAGACCCGGCAGUGAUGAAGGCUGGUUAUGGGCAGCCAACUUUAGAGAGUGUUGACAGUGCUGUUGUAGACAGUGGAUUUGGAACCAGUUGGAGUGAAAUUGACUCGAGCUAUGAACUGGGUGGAAUGGAUUCGGGAGUGUGGGUUGGCUCUCCAAGAGGAACAGCUGCAAUAGCUGGCCAGAUAUUGGAGGAUAAAGCGAUCCUAAGAGUUAUGGACAAAGCACCGUAUAUGCCAACCAGCAACCUGGAAUUCCUAGGUUCUCCCAUGCAAAGAGGAUACAUGCAAAGAAUGAAAGGCCCAGAAAUCGGUAGAAUGUCCCCAAAACCAUAUAGACAGCACUUCAUUAGGCAGCAAUCUCCAUUGAUGACUCGCACCAUGCGUCCUCCAUUUCCAUUUACACCACCAAGGAGACCUCCACCACCUUUUUCAGCAAAUCAGUCUCCAGGUUUUAUGUCCCCAACUCCCUUCAGACCUAUGUCUCCUAACAUCAGCACCCCUGCAAGACCAAUGACCCCUAAGAUGGUCAGGAUGCACUUUGGUCCUAUGUCUCCUAGUCCUAGUGGCUCGCCCUUCUUCAGCCCAAUGGCUAACACACUGCAGAGGUUUAAAGUUCCAGGACAUGUAACACAGCUCCAUCCUCAACACCGUCGCAUUCUUAGUCAGAGACAACGUCCACAAAGCACAUCCCGUAAGCAGUGGGAUAACAGGCCAGAUCCAUACGCAAGCCUAAUGUCUCAGAAAGAAAAAGAAUGGGUAAUAAAGCUGCAGAUGAUCCAAUUGCAGAGUGAAAACCCGCACCUUGAUGACUACUAUUACCAGACCUAUUAUGAGAAACUGGAGAGAAAACUGGCUGAGGAAGAGAUUCUAGGUGAACGCAAGAAAAAAGAGCCCCCCAAACUUGUUACACCUUACAUUCAGAAAGCUGAAACCUAUGAAUCGGUGGUUCAUAUUGAAGGCUCAUUGGGACAAGUUGCUGUUUCCACCUGUUAUAGCCCCAGAAGAGCAAUAGAUGCCAUCUCCCAUGUCCUGCCUGAUGAAGAUAUGAAGGCUCUUGGAUAUCAACGAUUGAGAGUUCUCAGACACAUUGAAAAGCUGUUUGUGUUGCUGCUGGAGGUUGAGGAGAUGGAGAGGAAAAUGCCUCAUAUUCCUGAAGACCAACACAUCAGAUUUCAGCAGAAACAAAGCUACAAAGUGCAGAGGAUCUACGAGGCGUUAAAGAUCGGGCCCUGCUGCUGGGAGGAGGAGUCUGAAGAUGAGUUCCUGCAGAUCUUGCAAGUUGGGAAGGGCACGAAGUUAUUAGCCCGACUCCUUCCCUAUCUGCACAGCGAACAGGCGGCAGAGAUCCUUCUGACGGUGGUACAGCAUUUAUCAUUUCUCAUCAAAAAUGAUGCCACAGAAAAGUCUCUUUCAGUUCUCUAUGGGCCACUGACCUCUAUAAUCAAUGGACUUCCAUUUACUGAACUUAUUCAAGUGAUUCAAGAACUCACCAAGACUCUGCCGGAGAGACCUGACUUACCACUCACUCUGGCGUUUCAGAAUCAGUUUGGGAUCUCUCUCUUGUAUGCAUUACUGAGUCGUGGCGAGAGCCUGUUGUCUUCAGAUACACCGAUGGAGCCAUGCAUUGGAGACUUUGAAAAAUGGACGGAUACUGUGUUCCUAGUUGCAAAAGAACUCUCGCAUGUCUCCAAAUCCUCCAUGGUGGAACCACUUUUCUUGCCUAGCAAUCUGCUUUCCUUAUUUUGCCGAUACCUGGACAAACAGACAAUUCACAAACUUGAGGACAAGAUGGAAUGUCCUACAGCACCCCCCUAUGCAGCUGUGACUUCAUGAAAUGCUGAAUCUGAAGCUGACAGAUCAGCCCCUGCUUCACUUACCAAAAAAAAAAACGCGUAUGGAUCGGUGGAGCUUCCAUUUUGGAAAUUUAAAUAUUUAAUCCUGUUUUAAAGGAAGUUUUUGUUUUUGUUUUUUCUGUCAAACUCUGACACGACUUUCCAACGUGAAGGAACCGGUGGUCAGAAUGACCUGUUCCUUUUCUGUUUAGUGAGUUAAAAAUAAAAUGUAUAUUGUUGCUGUAAAGAGGGGGGUAAAUAUAUAAUGAAUGUUUAUUUAUUUUUUUGUUUGUGUGAAUUUUGCACAGCAUUCGCUAUGUACAGCACAUGCAGAAUAAACAGAGA